AUGCGUCGGUCAGCAUCGCCCUCCAAGACCAACCGGUCCGCUCCUCCCGCUCGCGCAGCUCCGUCCGACACAUCGAUCCUCAAGACGCCCUUCAAGCCGCUGAGCGGGCUCCCUUCCCGCCCACCGUCGCUGCGCCAGCCUACGCCAGCGGGACCGUCCACGGCGGUACUGCCUCGCGACGUGCGCACGCGCUCCAUUGACGAGCUCCAACAGGACGUGGCCGAGAUGCAACUCGUUCUUGACGAGAGACUCAACACGCACAACGCAGCAAGGAAGAAGGCAGGAUUGAGGGAACAGACACCGCAACAGGUCGUCGACGAGUACAUUGCGCUGCUGACCCAGUACAACCGCGUCAAGGACGCUGCCCAGGUCGUGUUCGACAAGAUUGCGGACAUCGAACAGCUUCCUGCGAAGGAUAUACAUUCGAGGUACGGCGUCGGCGAAGGGGGUGAGGCGGCCUGA